CUAUAAUAAAGUGGCCAAUGGGAAUCGGUCACCUGGUUGAGAACGCGACGCCACACGGCGCAUGCGCAUGCGAACGAUAUUUCGCGCGCUAUGAUCUGAAAAGAAGAAGGAACGUACGAAUUGCGUUUAUACAUCAGAAUAAAACUCGUUGGUUUUGCAAAAAUUGCUGUCUGAGCCUGAGGACUGAGGCUUCAGCAGCAGUGGGACUGGUAAUAGAGAUAACUACACGACCUUGAUGUUUGCGCCAUGGCGCCUGGCCAGGAUCAACAGUUGGAGAAGCUGGUGGAUGAGGCGCUGAGGAGCUUCCGUUUUCAGCGACUGGAUCUGUUUCUGGAGGAGGGUUCAUCCCAAUGCACUGCAAUAAAAUGUUCCAAACAGUUCCUAGUCAAAGUGGACAAACUUGUAAACAGGUGUUUAGAUCAGAAGGCCACCAAACAUGCAAGUCUGUGUCUCACCAUCCUCUACAAGUGUUGCAAGAAAUUAUCCUUUCCUGGGGACCUUGGACCAUCUGAGAUCAUCGCUCAAGGCUUUGUCAAGAAGAUGGUGGAUUGGUUUGAGAAAUGCAGGCAACUAUGGAUCAAGGGAGGCCCAAAGAGAGAUGAGGACCUGCUAACCCUGGCUGAAGACUUCUUUGAUUCAUUGAUGGCUGUCCAUGAAAUUAGCAAAGAGGCAACAUAUGAAGUCACAGAUAUCUUCCUGCAUCCAAUUGGCCAGUUGGCCACAAACCCGACAAUCUAUAUACUGAUAAAAAAAGAGGCUAUCAGAAAAUUCAACAUGGUCCUGGAUAAAAUGCCAGAGGAACUGAAAAAGGAGAAGAACUUUUCCUCAGAGGAAGCUUCAGAUGUGAUGACCAAGCUGGCCGGACAGAUAUUGGAGGGCGGUGAUUAUGACUUCCAGACGGCCCUGAUGGAGGCGCUGUGCCGAAUGGCCACUCCAGGCCAGCGGAGGGCGAUGGUUCACCGCUGGUUCAGCAUGGACUACGUGGCCAAGGCUUUCAUCGCCAUAAGAGACUCUGAGUUUGAAACGGACUGUCGCACAUUUCUGAAUCUGGUGAAUGGAAUGCAGGGAGACAAUAGAAGAGUGUUCUCCUACCCAUGUUUAGAGGCUUUCCUGGAUAAACAUGAGCUGCUGAUGCCCUCUGAUGAGAAACUGGAGGAGUUCUGGAUCGACUUCAACCUGGGAAGCCAGAGUAUCUCCUUCUACUUUGCCGUGGCAGACGAGGAGACUAAGGAAGGCCAGUGGGAUACGAUCUGCAUCACUGAGAACGAAGUCCACAGCUACACCAUCAAAGAGGAGGCCUCGUGCCACGUGCUGAGGCUGAAGCUGUGCGAGGUGUUGUGUGUGGGCAACGUGGAGGGCAACUGUCUCACCGUCCGCUUCAGCCCCGCCCUGGCCGUCAUGCACGCCGUCCGCGCCGUCUACGGCCACAGCAAGAACAGACGCUUCGUUGGCAAGAGCAGCACCGUGAAGACAACCGUUAAGAUCCUCAUGGAUGAUAGCUGCUCCCAGCCCGCGGUUCCGGAGAGCCAGGUGUCUCUGACAACAGACAGAAACGUUGAACCCAGCUGGGUGGCUCCCCCUGCUGGCCCUGUACAGCUGAUAACUCCAGCCAGGAGGAGGGUCUCUGAGUCCUACACCUUCAUCAGCGGGAGUGCAGGGGGGAGUGUCCGCGAUUCCAGCCCCUACUCUGUGGUCCUACCUGCGAACACACCAAGCAGCUGGAGAGAGAAGCCUGCCCUUCAGAAGGUGCGGGGCGCUGAGAGGCCUGGACCCUACCACCCCGGGGAGCCCAACGCCGCCGCCAGAACGCCAUCCAGCCACCGCACCACCCCCAGCAGCGCCAGGGCGGAGCACCUGAGGAACCAGACCGGCCGCUCGGUCAUCCCAUCAGAGAGAUCAAGGCAGAAGGUGAAGGGUGCGCAGGAGGAUGACCUAGAGCUUCUGGAGAACAGCUUUGUCCCUGACUCCCAGCCUGUCACCAAGUCAAGGGGAAGCAUAAUCUCCAACUGGCAUAAGCAAUCUAUGACUGACGUGCUAAUGAUGCCCAUCCAGAGGAACAGACGUCUUUCAAGACCAGAAUCGGAGGCCAGCCUGGGAGGCAGCUGGAACCCCCGCCCUCCGUGGACAGGGCCCAGGGCUCGGGCUCGGAGCUCUUCAGCCACAAGAGGCUGCACCUGGAGCUCAGCCAGCGCCUGCAGGAGGUCAUCAACCAGAUCAGCCUGGACUCAGAGGGCGAGGAGCCGGCCGGCCCCCGAGGCAAGGGCCCGCCCGCCGACAGGGGGGGUCCUCAGAUGGGGAGAGAGCCGGCGGUACAAUGCCCCCCCUCCCUCGGGGCUACCGCAGUGGCUCCGCCCCCGCCGAAGGCAGGCGUGCCGGGAUCGACCAGAAGGAAGCGGCGAGGCCAGAGUGUUCCGGAACCGGGAGUUGCUAAGGAGACCAGCGCGACACGCAAGGCUGCCCCGGCUAAAGUCCUGCAGGACAGAACCCUCAACCCCAAGGUUAAGCCUGCUGGAACGGCCUCUGCCAAAGAGAAGAAGGAUUCAGAGCUGGCGGACAGCAUGGUGAAGCUCAUAUCCAGCCGGUACAACAGCACCCCGGCCGGCAUCUCCAAGCUCCCCUCCGCAGAGCGCUCCGUGGUCACCUCGGACAGACCCCCCCUGA